AUGAAGGUGACUACGUGCUCAGCGCCCACGAAUAUCGCGGUGAUCAAGUACUGGGGCAAGGAUAAUGUGGCUCUUAACACGCCCAUCAACUCGUCGGUCAGCGUGACGCUGCACCAGGAUCAGCUGCGCACCACGACGUCUGUAGCUGGCGAUUCUGCGCUGCAGGCAACGCGGCUGUGGCUCAACGGCCAGGAACAGCCUAUUAACAAGCGCGUGGCCGUGGUGUUGCGCGAAAUGCGCGAGCUGGCACAACGCGUGCACGGCGAGAGCAAGUCGCAGCAUCUGCACAUCGUGUCUACGAAUUCGUUCCCGACGGCGGCAGGACUUGCAUCGUCCGCCGCGGGUUACGCGUGUCUCGUGGCGGCACUGGCCGAGUUCUACGGCAUCUCCAAGGCCGACGAGGAGUUCCCGGGUCAGCUAUCGGCUAUCGCACGUCAGGGCUCUGGUUCUGCCUGCAGAAGCCCAGCAAGUCCGUUGCAUUCUUCAAUGAGAGCCUUCUGA